AUGGCCGACUCCGACGGCGAGUAUGUCGAGGACAUGUCCGAUGACGAACUUCUCGAUCAUCAAGCAGCAGGAGAUAAUGGUCCCGAUGGAAAAUCUGGAAAAGCGCGUGGAAAUGGCAAAAAGGGCAAGAGUGGUCAUUCCAAGGCGCGGUGGGAGGAUGUGAAGCGCAGCUGGGAGGAAGUCACAGAGGGCGCUGAUGGCAGUUUAGCGGUGGGCGCAAGCCUCGAGGCGGAGAAGAGGAGAAGACUGCUCAGAGAUACCACACCGCUACAGCGAGGCAUCAUACGGCACUUGGUCCUGGUGCUGGACAUGUCCUUCGCCAUGACCGAGAAGGAUAUGCUGCCGAAUCGCUAUCGCGUUGCCUGGGCAUAUGCUGCGGACUUUGUCAAGGACUACUUCGAGCAAAAUCCAAUAUCUCAGCUGGGAAUUAUUGGCAUGCGCGAUGGUGUAGCAGUGAGGAUCAGCGACAUGAGCGGCAACCCUACCGACCACCUCGAGAAGCUGAGGUCAUUCGAGGGUCAAGAUCCGUCUGGCAAUCCAAGCUUACAGAAUGCGCUUGAGAUGUGUCGCGGAGCACUAUUCCAUGCCCCCUCCCAUGGCACACGAGAAGUCCUUGUGGUUUUCGGCGCUCUGCUCUCCUCGGAUCCCGGUGACAUUCACGAUACGAUUUCAUCUCUCAUAACCGACCGGAUCCGUGUUUCUGUUGUUGGUCUUGCGGCCCAGGUCGCUAUCUGCGCCGAGUUAUGCACUCGCACAAAUGUCGGGGACGACGCUCAGUACAGCGUCUGCAUGAAUGACGCUCACUUCCGGGACCUACUCCUCGCUGCCACAACCCCGCCCGUUACCCGUACCGCUGCCCAGAGCACGGCCUCCUUGCUCAUGAUGGGGUUCCCUUCUCGUACACUUGCACAGGGCGAGACCACCGCCCUCUGUGCGUGUCACAACAAACCAGUCCGUGAGGGCUAUCUCUGCACGCGUUGCCGUACCCGCGUGUGUCGUCUGCCUAUCGAAUGCCCAGCCUGCAGUUUGACCCUUAUUCUGUCCACCCAUCUUGCACGCUCAUAUCAUCAUCUUUUUCCACUACGCAACUGGGUCGAAGUCCCUUGGGCCGAUGCUGCCAAGAGUAAAGCUUGCUACUCCUGCCUUACGGCAUUUCCUGAGCCGCCCAAAGCGGUCAAAAAGAAGGAAAAGGACAAGGAAAAGGAUAGAAAUGGUGUGUCCACCACGCCGGCUGUUGCACCUACUCCUGUGGCACCAUCGGAACUAAAAGGAGUGAGCGAAAGCGGGCGCUAUGCCUGUACAGUAUGCAACAACCACUUUUGCAUCGACUGCGAUGUAUACGCCCAUGAGGUCAUCCAUAACUGCCCGGGUUGCCAAAGCGACAUCCGUGGGGCGGGGAUGGAGGUUGUUGUCGAGACUAAUGGGGCACAUGAGCAUCAGACGAAUGGAACAGCUAUGGUGGUCGAUUCAUGA